AUGUCACACAGUCACGGUCCAACGCAACUUCCUUUCACCCAUCCAGACGAAGAAAUGCCGAUACAGCCUAUGUUUACCUUCUUUUUCGUUCUCGUCGGCGCUCUCGCCAAACCCAUCCCAUCUUCUACGCUCGUGUCUUGUCUCGCCAACCACAGUCUUGCUUUCGAGACCUCUCAGAGUUCCGAUUGGGACACCUCAACCACACCUUUCAAUCUUCGAUACCACUACCAACCUGCGGCAAUAGUAUAUCCAACUCAGACGAAUCAAGUGUCUGAAGCUGUCAAAUGCGCUGCUCAACAUGGAUUUCGCGUCUCACCACUGAGCGGUGGGCACUCUUAUUCUGCAUCUGGUUUUGGCCAGGACGGCACACUUGUUGUCAGUCUCCGAAACAUGACACAACUCAGCUACAAUACUGGCGACGGCUCUGUCAACGUUCAGCCUGGCACCCAUCUCGGUGACUUCGCCCUCGAACUCUCCGAUAAAUACGGGCGAGCUGCUGCUCAUGGAAUCUGUCCUUAUGUUGGUUUGGGAGGCCACGCUGGCUUUGGUGGAUGGGGUCUUUCCUCAAGAAAUUGGGGCUUAGUGAUUGAUCAAGUAUUGGCUGCUGAUCUGGUGCUUGCGGACGGUACAACUCGCCAUGUUAGCAAAACAGAACAUCCUGACCUUUUUUGGGCAAUCCGCGGCGCAUCGUCAUCUUUUGGUAUCGUCACUCAGUAUCAACUCCAAACCCAUGCCGCUCCAACAAGUGUCAUACGCUUUGCGCUCAAUUUCAACGUCGCUGACCGACCAGUACCUCUGUUCGCUCAAGAGUUUGCGAGACUGCUCACUGCUUAUCAAACCUGGGGACUCAAAACUCCGAAAGAAAUGGGAAUCGUAACCAACAUCUGGCAAGGCGGUCGCGAUAUUGAGAUGGCUGGCUACUUCAUGGGCGAUAUGACGAGCUUCAAUGCGGCAUUUCAGCCCCUUCUUGACGCGACUGGAAAACCCAACGCUACUUACAUUCAAGAGCGCGGCUGGGUCGCAGCAUUGACGGAAGCAUCAGGCGGGACAACUUUGUCGACAAUCGGGACGCCAGACAUCCACGACACAUUUUACGCUAAAUCUCUAACUGUUCGGAAUGACACUCUCAUUACGACCGCAGCUUUUGAGAAACUGGCAAACUUCAUGAUGACGGCGCCAAAGCCAGGACUACUUUCGGAGACGUUCAUUCAGUUUGAGCUUUGGGGCGGUGAAGAGAGUAAAAUUUCGUCCAUCAGCUCAGAUGCAACGGCGUAUCCCCAUCGCAGUCAUCACUUCACCGUCCAAUUUUACGGUCGCUCCAAAAGUGAAUGGUCGACGGCCUGCACCGAAUAUGUAGAUGGGUUGACCGACUCAAUAACUAGCGAGAUGCCAGCGGCCAAGUUUGGUGGUUAUGCAAAUUAUCUGGAUCCUGAAUUGGCAGGUUGGCAGAGAAAGUACUAUGCGGAAAACUAUGAUCGUCUGGAAAAGUUGCAGAAGGAGUAUGACCCACGCGGAGUGUUCUCAAAGCAUCAGAAUGUAGGCUCUUCAUAG